AUGAGGCUUACAAGAGAUCAUGUUGAUGGAGAUCGGUCGAAGGAAAUUGAAGCUUUCUCUAAAUGGAUUCUCGACAUAGGAAAUGGAAAGAUAAACGAGCCAAAUCCUGGAGAAGUGGAAAUAGAUAUACCUGAGGAUUUACUGAUAACUCAAUGUAAGAACCCUGUCGAGGAGAUUGUAAAAGACGUAUACGGUGUUAGUUUUCCCAACGAGCGCAACCCAAAUUUUUUCCAAGGAAGAGCGAUACUGAGUCCAAGAAAUAUGGACGUUGAUAUAAUUAAUGACUAUAUGUUAUCACAGCUACCAGGUGAGGAGGAAACUUAUCUAAACUCUGAUAGUAUUGAUACAUCAGACACAAGCAAAAUAGACUAUAUGGUUUAUACUCAGGAGUAUUUGAAUAGCAUUAAGGUUUCGGGAUUGCCUAAUCAUGAGCUGAAACUAAAUAUUGGUACUCCUAUCAUGUUGCUUAGAAAUAUUGAUCCUAUUGGUGGUUUAUGCAAUGGAACAAGACUGUUGGUCACUCAAAUGGCCAAACAUGUUAUCCAAGCUAGACUUAUAACAGGAAAUAAUGUUGGUGAGAAAGUCUUGAUACCAAGAAUGUUUGUUUCUCCUCCUGAAGCAAGAUUCCCGUUUAGAAUGAGACGUAGACAGUUCCCUGUUGCUGUUGCUUUUGCGAUGACAAUAAAAGUCAAGGCCAGACUUUGCAAAGAGUUGCAUUGUUUUUGCCAAAACCAGUUUUCUCACAUGGUCAGUUGUAUGUUGCAGUUUCCAGGGUAA